AUGCCCACUAUCACCGUAGACAAAGCCGAACUUUACAGGAGGUUAGAAAGGGAAUAUACCACUCAUGAGUUCGACGAGCUGUGUUUCGACUUUGGUAUUGAGCUUGAUGAAGAUACAACCAAAGAUGUAGAAGAGGCUCGAGCAAAGGGAUUACCCACCCCACCACCUCAACUGAAAAUUGAGAUCCCAGCAAACCGAUACGACCUGCUCUGUUUAGAAGGCUUAGCCAGAUCUUUGAGGAUCUUCUUGCAGAAGGAACAGCCUCCGACGUAUACUUUGUCAGUGCCAGACAAGUUGCAGGAGGUUUACGUUGAAGCUUCGACCUCACCUCUCCGACCAUACUUCGCCUCGGCCAUCCUCCGACUAUCCCGACCAAUGAACCAGUUAGAGUACGAGAGCUUCAUCGACCUGCAAGACAAGUUACACCAGAAUCUAUGUAGACAGCGUAAAUUUGUGGCUAUCGGUACACAUGAUUUGGAUACUAUCGAGGGACCGUUCAGGUACAUGUGUAAAGAUCCAAAGAAGAUCAAGUUUGCGCCAUUGAACAAGGAUCAGGAGUAUACGGCUGAGGAGUUGAUGGGUGUUUAUGAGACCGACCGACACCUUGGCAGAUACCUCAACAUCAUCAGAGAUGCUCCUGCCUACCCUAUCAUCUAUGAUAGUAAAGAUAGAGUUCUGUCUAUGCCUCCCAUCAUCAACUCGCAACACUCCAAGAUCAUCGCUGGUAAAACGAAAAACAUCUUCAUUGAUACAACCGCCACUGACAAGACCAAACUCGACAUCGUCAUUAACAUGAUCUCAACCAUGUUCGCCGAGUACACUGAAAUUCCCUUCACUAUCGAACCCGUCAAAAUCAUUUUGCCUGAUGGUUCAUCCCACCUCUCCCCUCCUCUUGCUCCUCGACCCACGACGGCUUCUUCAUCCUAUAUCAACGCUGCUACUGGUCUCACCCAUACUCGAGAAGAGAUCUGCACUCUUCUUACCAGAAUGUCAUUGACCGCUACACCUUCCACUUCUGAUGCUGAUGCCCUCGACGUUCAAGUACCGCCUACCCGACCUGAUAUCCUCCACGAGUGUGAUAUCAUGGAAGAUGCAGCUAUUGCUUACGGAUUCAAUAACCUCCCGCAAUCUAUGCCUACUACCAAUACUGUUGCGAAGGCCUUCCCCGUGAACAGGUUGGGUGAUUUGAUAAGGAAAGAAUGUGCUAUGGCUGGAUGGAUCGAGGCUUUGCCUUUGAUCUUGUGCUCUCACGAUGAGAACUUCGCAUGGCUCAACCGACCUGAUCCAGGACAUUACGCAAUCCACCUUGCCAACCCUAAAUCUUUAGAAUACCAAGUAGUCCGAACUUCCUUAUUACCCGGUAUGUUGAAGACGGUACGGGAGAACAAGGCUUUAGCGUUGCCCAUGAAGAUCUUUGAAUGUUCCGAUGUGGCCAUUCAAGAUCACAAAUCAGAGAGACAAUCUAAGAAUUACAGAAGAUUAUGUGCGGUUUACAUGGAUAAGAAAUCUGGAUUUGAAGUUACCCAUGGAUUGUUAGAUAGGGUCAUGCAAGUGCUCGGUGUGCCGUUCUUGGAGAAGAGGGAGAGUAGUGGAAAGUAUGGAUACUAUAUUGCUUCUUCAGAGGACCCCACAUACUUGCCUGGUCGAGCCGCAUCAGUAUACUACCGACCCAAACCCAAUGUCCAACCUACCGAACCUACUCCCUCAGGUCCAUCAUCCGAAGGACCAUUAUCCACCAUUGCCUCAACUCUCAAAUCAGCUUUGCCCUCUUCCUCCGAAGAAGGUAAACCAUGGUCAAGGGAUAUCAUCAUUGGUUCACUUGGUAUCUUACAUCCUACGGUGCUUAAUAACUUUGAAUUGACUAGACCUUGUUCGUCGCUUGAGAUUGACGUGGAACCUUUGUUAUAG